CGGUGCGUAGCGAAAAUGUCUCAUCUUCGGGGUCCGUCGUCGAUCAAGGAUGGUCCGAAGGUGGCCCUGGGGUACACUAACGACCGUUUCCAAGAGGACCAAGAGGAUCGUUCGAACAAGUAUAAGAACGGUACGAAUCGUUACCAUUUUGGUAUGACGAGGCAGCGUGACGACGAGGUGAGCAAAAAUGGUCGUGACUAUAGGCAGCACGAGGACGCGGACUUGUUGUAUAAAAAGAGUAAGGACCACUUCGGCGUCUGGGACAUCAAGGACAUCGCCCAGGACGAGGACUUCAGAUCUAAGAAACAGGACCGAUUCGAGGACUCUCGAUUAACGAACGGCCGUUCGAGGACAGGCUCCGGGAAUGAUCGUUACUACGAGGACGAUCACGGGAGGAAGGGAUCUAUCGAUCAGGAAAUAGGUUUGCACAGAUUGAGGAAAGAGAGUUCGGAAAGACCAAAAUCUCCGUUGAAAUCGGACAGAUCCAAGAGCGUCAUUAAAGAAGAUACUCAAAAGAGCGAUGAAAGAGAUCAGUUACUGAAGGAAAUUGAAAGUCUGACUGUCGACGGAAGAUCCCCCGAUCGAAGGAUCAGGGCGAUGAUAGAGAGACUCAAAUCUCGCGAAGAGGACAAGUUGAAAGCCAGAAAGGAGUGUAAGUCGGUUAGUCCAGAAAUGGAAGAUUACAAAUUCAAGGAUCGAAUAGAAAGAGUCCAGAAAGAUGAUCGAGAGGAUGAAAGAAAAAUUGUGAAAUCUAAGUUAAGGGAAUCUGAGCAACAGGAGAUCGGUAGAAGUCGAUCGAUGGAUCGAAGAGCAGAGAAAUUCAUCGACGUAUUUUCAGAAAAGAAGAAUGAAGAGAGAAAUCACAGACGAUCAAGAAAAGAGGACGAUGUUCCUCGAAGGAAGGACAGCCCUAAGAGAAAGAAUUAUGUGUACGACGGGAACCCGGAGGACUUCGAUGUGCGGAUACAGCGAUACGAGAGAGCUCUUACAGAACCCAGACGAGAUCCGGAGCCCAGACGAGUUUCGGUGAAGGACUCGGACGUCGAUUUGGCUAGGAAGGACUCUUUAAAGGAGCAGGUGACGAGGAAGAGUUCCUUCAAAUCUGAGUCGAAGAGAAAUAGAGAUUCUAGCUUGAAUAGGAAACCGUCGUUGAAGGACCAAGAGAACGAUUAUAGAAAGAAGAGUCAGGAUGUCGAGAAGAAAUACUUUGGCAGAGACCCGGAACACGUUUCAAGGAAGAGUUCAUUCAAAGACCAAGGCCACGAUGCAGGAAGGAAGAACUCGUUCAAGGAGCCUAGCUCCGAUUAUGGGAGAAUUUCGUCGAAGAAUCGCGAGGAGGAUGAAGAGGACAAGAGGCGUUUGUUCAAAGGACAUACCGAUGGAGUCAGCAGAAUCACCUUCAAAGAACACGAAGCCGAUUCGAGCAGGAUACACUCGUACAAGGAUCAGGAGUCGGAGGUCAGUAGAGUCGCCUUUAAGGAUCAUUCCUACGACUUGGGACGGAAAAAUUCUUUCAAGGAGAAGACCGUGGAGUUCGCCGGAAUUUACGAGGAUGACAUAGAUCGAAGGCUCGCGCAUAAAGCUCAAGACGAAUCGAGCAAGGUGUCCUUCCGGAACUUAGAAGAGCCGAGGAGGAGACAUUCCCCCAAUGGAAGAUACGGCAGCGUUUCCUUCGAAGAUGACCCUCGGACGAGUCCCGAGGAUUACGACAUAGAGAGGAAGAACUCUUUCAAGGAUCGGGAUUCCCCGUCGAGGAGUGUACGUCGUGUUUCUCCUAGAAGCAGGGGUCACGAGGGUGUAGAUAAAAGAUCAAACAGACAUUCCAGGCCGUUGACACCGCCGAAACGAGGCGAACCGGAGGACCUCGAGGAAUUCGAUUCGAAGUCCUGGCACGAAAGCAAUCGCAUCUUUGCUGUCAAGUACCUUCAAGAGAACAGUAGAUAUCGCUCGAAUCCGGAGGGUCGCUCGGAGAUCGAGCGCGAUCCAUCGCCUGAAAUCCUGGAAAUCAAGGACAGGAGGCAUUCGAACGAGAUUGAGGAAACGAAACGCAAAGCAAAUCUGGAACCGUACAAUUUUGGAGCUGGAGAUCAUCGAGAUAACAAUAAAUACACGUCGACCAGCGAGAGAAAUGGAGCAACAAUCAUCAGGAUUCGAUCCAGCCCGGAAUCGACCGUUGAAAGGAGGAGACGUCGUCGUCCUGCGCAAGAUAUGGGAAGACGAAGGCGUUACGAGGAAGAAGAGGACAGCGACGAGGACGAGGAGGAUCAUCGACGACAGAGAGGUCCUAAAACUGGGGACGUAACCGGCGUUCCUACACCUUCAAGAAGAGUCUGGAAUUAUCGCGAAGGGGGUGUCUUGAUCACGGACGUUGAGGAGGGUCAGCCUUGUCUGGAAUGCGGGGAUACGUGUUCAGGAUUCUCGCCGCACACGUGGAGAAAGAACUGCACCAGUUGCAAGUGCCCCAGAGAAGCGCACGAUGUGUGCCACGAAGAAUGGGCGUCGGUCAGGUCCCGUUUGGGUCUUAAAGGCGAAGAGUCCCCGUCCCAGACCGUACAUCCGAGAUCGAUGGGCCUGGCAUGGACCCCUCCUGGUCUACCACCUCACAAGGUGGAGGAAUAUUUCUCUAUGCUGCCGGAAAUAUCCGUGCCCAGGCUGGACACGCCUGGCGAACGUUACCGGGAUCGACAAUUGGCGAUUCAGUUGCCUAAGCAGGACUUGGCCACAGCCUAUUGUCGUCACUUGAACCCGAAACAUGUCAGCAGCGCUGAAGACUUCAUGGCCGCGAGGAACGAGAUCGCGUUGGACAUCGGUACCGUGCAAGAAGUGGUCGAGAGAGACGUAAAGUGUGGUGCGUGCGACGAGCCACUCGAAUACGGCAGCCUCGCUGUAUCGGCGAGCAAAUUAGGUCUACUUUAUCAUCCCGCCUGUUUCCGGUGCACAAAGUGCGAGGAACUCCUCGUCGAUCUCGCUUACUGCGUGUACGACGUACACGAAGACCCUGAACAGAAUAGAAAGGUUCUCUACUGCGAGAGGCAUUAUGCUGAACAAUUGAAACCUAGGUGCGCCGCCUGCGACGAGUUGAUUUUCAGUGGCGAGUACACGAAGGCGAUGAACAAGGACUGGCACAGCGGCCACUUCUGUUGUUGGCAGUGCGACGAGUCUUUGACCGGGCAGCGUUACGUGCUCAGGGACGAGCAUCCUUACUGCAUCAAGUGUUACGAGAGCGUAUUUGCGAAUGGCUGCGAGGAGUGCAACAAAAUCAUUGGUAUCGACUCCAAGGAUCUUUCGUACAAGGAUAAGCACUGGCACGAGGCCUGCUUCCUCUGCAACAGGUGCAGGGUGUCCUUGGUGGACAAACAGUUUGGUAGCAAGGUGGACAAAAUCUACUGCGGUAACUGCUACGAUGCCCAAUUCGCCAGCCGUUGCGAUGGAUGCGGCGAGAUCUUCCGCGCUGGUACGAAGAAGAUGGAGUACAAGACUAGGCAGUGGCACGAGAAGUGUUUCUGCUGUUGCGUCUGCAAGAACCCGAUCGGAACGAAGAGCUUCAUUCCGCGGGAACAGGAGAUCUACUGCGCCGGAUGCUACGAGGACAAGUUCGCCACCCGAUGCGUCAAGUGUAACAAGAUCAUCACCAGCGGCGGCGUGACGUACAAGAACGAGCCGUGGCACAGAGACUGCUUCACCUGCAGCAACUGCAAUAAUUCCCUGGCCGGGCAACGAUUCACGUCGCGCGACGACAAGCCAUACUGCGCGGACUGCUUCGGAGAGCUGUUCGCUAAGAGAUGCACCGCAUGCUCCAAACCGAUCACCGGCAUCGGUGGCACUCGCUUCAUCUCUUUUGAGGACAGACAUUGGCAUAACGACUGCUUUAUCUGCGCUGGCUGCAAGACUUCGCUGGUCGGCCGUGGCUUCAUCACUGAUGGCGAGGACAUUAUCUGCCCCGAUUGCGCCAAGAUGAAGCUGAUGUAAAGAGAGACGACGAACGAAAGCAAAGAGAAAGAACGGGUGCGCGAGACGAAUGGAGAGAGGGAAGGAGGAGCAAGGAAGAAGGAUUAUCGAGAGUCAUAACACGGUGUCCAGUCUAUUAACAACAAAAAGAAUAAUAAUAAUAAUAACCUCGCUAGGGUUCACCCUUGAGAACAAUCCGGAGACUCUCGAGCAAUCGAAGCAAUAAAAAUUACCGUGUUUCUCCUCCCUAUCGAUUAUAUUUUCGAGAAUUAUACGUAUACGUGUCCAUAGUCGGGAAACGCGGUAAUUUUUCAUUUUAGCGAAAAACCGGACACCACCCCGCGAACAUUACCCUGUGUCGAGAAAAAUUGUUCUCGUUAACGAUUGCUGAUCGAGGUUUUCGCGCGAAAUAAAAAACGCGAUAAGACACGGGGAGACCUCCUAGCUUCGUAGUUAUUUAGAAAUAACUUUUAGUCCAAUUUCGAUUUCUCCAUCGCGCCGCUUUUAAGAACCGAAAGAAGAUCCGAAAUAAUUGAGCGCAACGGAGAAACGGACGAACGAACAGAUGCCUUGAGAAAAGUACGAGAAUCAAACCGCCUUAUCGCAUAGUUAACAUUGUCGAGUUGUUGAAUCGUAUUCUUAAAGAAACGAAACGAAGCUACGCGUAGCCGUGGUAUUAUUUAACAUUAUUUGUUUUCUUUCUUCUCGCUUUGUACAAUGAUAGAGGCAACGCGCGUCGAGCGUCAAUAGAAGCGCGCAACAAUAAAGAAGAAACGUUAAAGAGAUAAAAUGAUGAAUCCUAUAUAUUCUUACGAAACUAAAUUUGAUAUACGUAAGGUAAUAUUAUUUUUAUUUAACUUAUACUCACACGUACACGCGCGAAGCAGUUACACAUUUACAACACACAUGUACACGUCGAAGCAAAUGAGCGCGACAAUCACGAAAACUGCACCCUUCUCUCUCUCUCUCUCUCUCUCUCUCUCUCUAUCUCUGUAUUUCUCUCUAUAUCUAUCUCUAUCUAGUUCUCUGCGACAAUUGCAAAAGCGAGGCUUGUGCAAGAUUCGAAUAAUAACGAACGAAAAUAGGGUUCGGGUGUAAACUAGUUGAACCUUUCUGAAAUUUUAAGAAUUCUAAACUAUUGUUCGAUAAACGUAUAAUGAGAUUUUAUUCAAAUUUUAAAUGUAAAAUUGUUCAACAAUUGCAGACCAAGUUUUCAUCUUUUUUGUACCCUUCCUAAGAUAAACUCCAACUGUUCACGCGAGCCCGAAUAUAUUGAUACGUGUUUCGUGAACGCGCAAAUGGGAAAUAAAUUUCCAAACUAUCGAUCGAUCGAUUUUCUCGCUCGAUUGCUUUCCUUUUUUUUGUCAAGCAAUAAAAUCGAUGUGAAUUGGAGUCUUGCACGUUCACGGACCCGUUCCCUCGUAAGCAUUUUUGCAUCAUUCACAAAGUGGAAAAAACACAUUGAAAAAGAAAGAGAAAAAGAUUACACGCAUUCACACACACACGCAUAUGAGUGUGCGACACGCACACGCGGAAGAAACACUAAUUGUGGCCUUAUCCGCACGAAUACAUAGAGAUUGUAUGUUUAAAAGAAGGAAAGAGAUAUACAGUAAUGUUUUACGUGAAAUAUUGUUAGUUGUUGAUACGGUAUGCACUACUUGGUAAAUUUGUUACCGUCGAGGAGAGGAAGGAAUGAGCGUGAAAAGGGAACAGUUGAACAAACGGUAGGCACAUGUUUCAUUAAAGGGAAAAGAAUAAACAAUUGAACGACAAAAGGUAAUCGCGACCAAUAAAAAAGAAAAGAGGUACACGUGCUAUAAUAAUAUAUGUUCUUACCGAUCACUCACAUACUAAUCGCCUUAAUUAGUAAAAAAUAAAAGAGCAGAGAUUAUUCUAUAUCCAGCGUAUCGUAUACACUGUUAUACUGUAAAAUUGAUAAAUAAAUAAAUGUAAUUAUUUACAAAGAG